GGAGGCUAGAUCACCUGACCCGGACUCCCGAGAUGCAAUGGCGGCGUCCGUGCUGCGUUUGAUCUAUCCUGGAAGACGCUGGGCUUUAGCGUGGAUUGACGGCGGUUCCCGCCAGCGAAGUGGGACUCAGACUGGGCCCGCGUCCAACUGGGCUAGGGGACAGAGUUCAGUGGCUCAACUUUCCCUCCACACGGCUCAGAAGCCGAGGAAAGGUGAACACAAAUGGGCAGCUGUGGUAGGACUGGAAAUUCAUGUCCAGAUUUCCUCCAACUCUAAACUCUUCUCUGGCGCUCAAGUGUGCUUUGCAGCUCCCCCGAAUUCUUUGGUUUCUUUUUUUGAUGCAUCUCUGCCUGGAACUUUGCCGGUUCUCAACAGGAGGUGUGUAGAAGCUGCCGUGAUGACUGGCUUGGCGCUCAACUGCCACAUAAACAAGAAGUCCUCGUUUGACAGGAAGCACUACUUCUAUGCAGACCUUCCUGCCGGCUACCAGAUCACCCAACAGAGGCUCCCGAUUGCUGCCAAUGGGCACCUGACGUACAGUGUCUACAUGGGGAAGAAACGGAGUCAGAUGGCCACCAAGACCGUGAGGAUCAAACAGAUCCAGUUGGAGCAGGACAGUGGCAAAAGCCUCCAUGAUGACCUGAGGUCCCAGACGCUCAUUGAUUUGAAUAGAGCCGGAGUUGGCCUUCUUGAAGUGGUCCUGGAGCCUGACCUGUGCUGUGGAGAAGAGGCAGCCAUAGCUGUCAGGGAACUGCAGAUGAUCCUUCAAGCCCUGGGAACCAGCCAGGCGAACAUGGCAGAGGGUCAACUGAGAGUAGACGCCAAUAUAUCUGUGCAUCACCCCGGAGAACCUCUGGGUGUCCGGACGGAAGUGAAGAAUCUCAACAGCCUCAGAUUCUUGGCUAAAGCCAUAGACUAUGAAAUUCAGAGACAAAUCACUGAACUUGAGAGUGGAGGUGAAAUUCUAAAUGAAACUCGUUCGUUUGAUUAUAAGCUGGGGUGCACCGUGCCAAUGAGAGACAAAGAAGGAAAGCAAGACUACAGGUUUAUGCCAGAGCCCAACCUACCCCCCUUAGUGCUGUAUGAUGCCACAUCCCUGCCUGCAGAUGCAGACUCUCAGCAGGUGGUCAAUAUUGACGAGCUUCGGGACAUGCUCCCUGAGCUCCCCAGUACAACCAGAGAAAGGCUCGUCGAGCAGUACGGGAUACUGCCAGAGCACAGCUUCACGUUACUGAAUGAAGUUGGCCUACUGGAGUUCUUCCAAAGUGUGAUAAAAGAAACUAGGGCAGAGCCAAAAAAGGUGACUAACUGGGUCCUGAACACUCUUCUGUACUAUUUAAAGCAACAGAACCUUGCCGUCAGUGAGAGUCCUGUCACACCUGCUGCGCUCGCCGAGCUCCUUGACCUGCUGGACAGUAAAGCGAUUUCUUCCUCAGCAGCUAAACAGGUGUUUGAGGAGCUGUGGAAGGGCGAUGGGAAGACAGCGGCGCAGAUUGUGUCAGAGCAGCAGCUGGAACUAAUGCAAGACCGGGAGGCCCUGGAACAGCUCUGCCAGGCCACCAUGGACAGCCACCCCCAAGUGGUGAUGGAUGUGAGGAACAGAAACCCCAAGGCUAUAAAUAAGCUGAUCGGGCUGGUCCGGAGAGCAAGUCUAAGCCGUGCAGACCCAACUCUGAUAAAGGAAAUACUUGAGAAGAAGCUGUCAUUGUGAGAUAUUGCUGAGGUCCCUCUGCCUGAGGGAGGACGGGGUGACCCUGAACACAGGAGCCCAUGAAAGCUGGUGUUCAUGUGGUUGCAAUUUGUGUCCCUGGCCAAGCUACACCUCUUGAGAAGUAACAUUUUACACAGAUGUGUGUCCUCUGAGACCCUAUGACCUGAGAGGCAUCCAUCAUGGAAGACUAGCAACCAGAGGUCUGCCUCGUUGUCUGGAAACAGUUCUAUGAUGAUGGCAGCAGUGAUUAAAGAAAUAGUGUGUUCUAAUGUGAAGUAAUUCUAAACAGAAUAAAGCUCAUGUUUCAAACA